AUGGAGGGCAUCAACAGGAGUCUUUCUAGCUUAGACCUAGACCAAAGUCAGGUUUCUGGCGGCUUGAAAAAGAGCGGUCGUAGGCCAAAUCGCGCCUUUCAUAAUUUCGAUGCGAGUAGUCCUGGGCCAUCCUUGUCUAAUUCCGGAAUGAACUCUCCAGCACUCGCUGGUCAGCGCUUCAACUCUGAUUUUUCAAAUGCAGAAGCCGGCCAAAAUAGCCCAUUUCUCGCAGCGCAGUCUCCAGAAUUGGUUACAUCGCAUUACGUCUCGAAGCAAAGAUUAGAUGAUCAAGCACUGUACACUGAACAGUCUUUUGUCACGUCGAAAGAUUCAGUCCCACCAUGUGCGUCCACGCAGUACUAUUGUGUUGACCUGGCUUCCAGCGACCCUCGCAAAAUGAGCCUUACGAUGUAUAACGUUCCCAAAAAUGAGCAGAUCCGGUCAGCGGCAAAACUUCCCAUGGGUGCAAUCUUGCAACCGUUUGCUGGCUCCAGUCUUGGCGAGGAAGUACCCCAGGUCGACACUGCAAAAGAAAGUGGUCCCUUGAGAUGUAGAAGAUGCAGGUCGUAUGUCAAUCCUGCAUACACUUUCACUUUCGAUUCCAAGGCCAUCUGCAAUUUCUGCAAAGUAAGCACGCAACUGAGUGACGAGUACACUGCGCCUUUAAACCCCAAUGGCAUGCGAUCGGACCUUUACGAAAGACCAGAACUCUUGAAGGGAACUGUGGACUUUAUAGUUCCAGAAACCUACAACUUCAAGGCUGCUAAAGUCAACGUGCCUCUGCACUAUGUAUUUGUGAUCGAUAUCUCCACAAUUUCGAAUGAAAACAAAAGCUCUCUGGCAAUGCUGGAAGGUAUCAGAUCAUCCAUUGAGCACAUUGCAAACGAGCAGCCCAACUGCAAAGUUGCAAUCAUGGCAUUUGACAAUGAAAUCCGGUUUUUCAAUCUGCGGAAAGAGCUCAACCAGGCUCAAGAAUACAUUGUUAGUGAUCUGCAAGAUGUUUUUCUGCCCCUAUUCAACGGGCUUUUCGUAAGACCAGAGGAGUCAAUGCACGUUAUCCAAGAUACCCUCUGUAAAAUUACCGCGCAUAUUGAGGACAAUAAGUUUCUCCAUCGAUUCGAGGCGUGCUACGGAUCUGCACUACAAGCGGCAAAACUGGCAAUUGACACAGUUACUGAAGGACAGGGUGGUAAGAUCUUAGUCAGUUUGGGAAGCAAACCGUCACACGGCUCUGGUAACCUAAGACUAAGAAAAGAAGACGCUUUGAAAAAGACAUUAAACUGCGAGAACGACUUUUACACCAAGUUGGGCAAGGACUUGUUGAAGUCGAACAUUUCAGUCGACCUGUAUUGCGCAGCUUCUGCGUUCGUCGACUUGGUGUCUGUCGGUCAGCCUGUGAGAGCCACUUCUGGUUUUUUGAAAACAUAUCCAAACUUCAACUUGGAGAAAGAUGAGUUUACCUUUGUCAACGACGUGCUGCAUAGCGUUGUGCAGACCAUUGGUUAUAAUGCCCAGUUGAAAGUUCGGUGCUCCGCGGGCCUCUCCAUCUACAACUAUUAUUCAGAAUCGGUUGACAACACCAGUCGAGAGCCGAUCAUACCUGUCGUUCAUCAAGAUACCAGUUUGAGCGUACUUUUCAAAUAUGAAGGUCAACUAGCUAACUCCGAAGAUGUUCAUUUCCAGUGUGCGAUCCUUUACACAGAUUUAAACGGGGUAAGGAAAGUGCGUACAUUGAACACAUCAGGGGCAGUCAGUGACAACAUUAGCGAGGUUUUCAAGUUCGUGAACCAAGACGCUGUAGUGAGCAUAAUCGUGCAUGAUUUGCUGACAACUUUGAGUGACUGUAAUUUUGUGCAAAUGCGGAAGACGAUUGACGAAAAAAUCACCGAUAUUUUGACUCAAUACCGCUGCCUUGUGUCUGGAUCGCCUUCGAGCCAGCUGGUUUUGCCAGACUCCCUCAAGACCAUGGCGGCUUAUUUGCUGUCUUUUGAAAAGUCUGAGCUGAUGAAGAACAACAGUAGGUCUGCCAAUGGUAACGCCCGCGUGCAUGACCUGUUUCAAUGGCUUUCUAGUACUAUACCCCAGAUGAUGUACAAACUUUAUCCGCAGAUUUUGCCACUGCACGAGCUACUACAGGAGACGGAUUUCACGUUCGCAGACGAACAAGAUUUGCUACUUCGAGCGGUGCCAUCGGAGAACUUGAGUGUGCGCGCAGCUCGCAGGGAGCUAGUGGACGGGGGGUGCUAUCUUAUUUUCGACGGAUCGACAGCGUAUCUGUGGUUUAAUGAAAACACCAAUGUGCUCUUAUUACGGGACUUGCUGGACGUACAAGACUCUAAUGCCAAGACUUCCGAUAUCACACUUGCGGGCAACACAUUGCCCCUAGUAGAUACCAUCAUUAAUGUGAAGGCCCGCAACGUUUUGCAAAACUGGCGCCAAAUUGUGGGCCGUGCAUACGUGCCGUUGGUCACCCUGCGCCCACAUGUGGACGUGCACUAUGCCCAUGCAAUGGCAGCGCUGUUAUGCGAGGACAAGUCAAUCGAGAUGGUGGAGAAUUACGACGAGUUUUUGGUGUCCCUGCACAAACGUAUCCAGAAACGAGUGGAAAGCGACAACUACACGAAGAUCUCGCAGGCUCGUGACCACGAACACAUUGGUCAAAAGUUUAUACAAUUCUGA